AUGGAGAGCGAUCCAGCGGCAAAUGGUGGUGCAACGGAGAGGAGUAGCAGGGACUCCUCAGGUUCAGCGAAAGAACACCAUCAGCGGGAGCAGGAGGACAUCCUAGCCUCGCUUGUUGAUACGGUGGCUCAGGAUGUUGCUUCCAGAACGAGUACGGAUGGAAACCCUUCGAGCUCUGAGGCUCCUCUAGAAGCGGAAGGGCCUUCAACGUCAGCAGAAGUGCCGCCAUCUGCUCCAGCUGCCAGGAGGCGCUCCUCAGGGAGGAAGUGGCCCGUUGUCCAGCCACCGCAGCGCUACGCCCAGGGCACCGUAGUGGCUGCCAAAGGAUCGAACCGAUCAUCAGAGGGUACAUCACGGCGCACAUCAAACGAGGAGAUCCCAAAGGCUGCUCCGGUAGCUGCUCAAGCUGCCAAGCGUCAAUCGUCCAAGGGACAAGGAGGUGCUGUCGAGGAGAAUGGUGAUGCUACCUCUCUGGCAGAUCCGCCUCAGCUUGCAAAGCCUGCCCCAGUCCCAAACCCCAAUCCAAACCCGAAGAGCUCUGCAGUGGCAGAUGCCAACCCUGUCGUGCAGCAGCCCUCGAGUCCCCUGCUGCCGCCUCCAAUCUCCCAAGCGCCUCCGCUUUGGCAAGCGCCUCCUCCAGCUACGCAGCCCGAGGCGCCUCCAAUUCCCGCCCCAGCGCCGCAGCUCGACCAAGCGUUCCUCAAUGCAUAUACCUUGCAAUCCAUGCUGAGCAGCAUGCAGCCGCUCCGGAACGCUCAGCAGCCGUCUCUCUCCCAGGGGUUCCAAACCCCGCCGCACGGGUAUGCAACCCCCCCGCAAGGCUACCACACUCCGCCGCAGGGCUUCCAGAUGCUGCACCCGCAGAUGUACACCGCCUGGCCGCCGCAGGGCUACCUCGUCUCGCCCUCCGCCAUCAACGUGCCUCAGCCUGUGAUGCAGUUAGUGAUGCCACAGAUGCAGACUGCAGAUCAGCAGCACUUUGCUGCUGCACCCGGACACCAGGACUUUCGAUCAUUGCUGAACCCAGCAAAUCCUCCGCUGCCUUCGCCCAUUCUGGAGCCAGUCACCGCUCCCCCGCCGCCUCCUUUCUUGGCGAGACAGGAGAGCAGGAAGCUAGCCUCACAACAAGCUGUGUUGCCUCCCGAAAAGCCCUCAGAGCUGCCACCUCUCCUUCGGACCAACCUCUCCCGCUUCGGUGACAACCACAACUACGCUGACAUCAUCCAAGGCGGUUCUCAAAGCACCUUCCCUCCAGAAACUGCCCCCCAAGAGGAGCCCCAACCAAAAGGCCCCCAGUACCGUGAAAGAAGCGCAACCACUGAUGGCGCCCCCCCUGACUUGAGUGGCUCAGAACCCCCCCGUGCGAGAGCAGCCACACUUGACACCAUCAGAGCCUCUAGGAGUAUGGUCAGCAGAGCAGGAACGUCAUUUACGGUGCCAGUGAGGGAGGUUUUUACUGUUGUGAGCGAGGACGAGGCUUACGGCCAGCCAGGGGAAGGCAGUCCCUACGAGGUAGAAGGGAACAACGGGGCGCCGGAUGGAGGACUGGGGGGCAUUGAGGAGAGCGUCAGUCCACGGAGGCAGCCAUUUUUGGGGCAGGACAGAUUCAGCGACUCGCCACAAGAGAUUGACGAGAGCAGGGCAGAGGGGCGGGGGCAAGGCGUUGCCACCAUAAUGGCGGCUCUCAAAGCUGGACAAGGGGAGCUUGGGCGGCCUGCGUCAACGCUUCACCGGACACCCAACGAAGACCAGAUCCUGGAAGCCAUCAACCGCAGCCGCAAGACCAAAUCCUUCAUCGACAGAGCGUACGGAAACCUGGAUUCCGGUCACGACGAAGCGGAAGAGGAAGAGAGCGAAGAGGAGACGGAAGAGACGCAGCUGGCGCUCCCGGCGAUCGUGACCAAGCGGACCAUGUCGCCGUCGUACGGGGCAAACGGGCCGAACAAAAGGAUGACACGUGCGGAGAAGAAGAGGAAAGUGGUGGAGGACACGCUGAGCAAGGUGCUAUCGCGUAUCGCGAUCCACGAGGAGGAGGCGGAGGCGGCGCGCAGCGAGCAGAAGCGGCGCGGCUGGUGGGCCGCGCGGCGCGAGCGCGCGGCGCUCAAGAAGCGGGGCAAGCAGCGGUUCGAGGGGACGGACCUUUGGGACGAUCAGCUAAAGCUGCUCGAGGGCCGCUUCGGCAGCUCCAUCAGCCUGACGUUCGCCUUUCUGCGCUUCGUCUUCUACAUGAACGUGCUGACGUCACUGUGCUGGUUCCUGCUGGUCAUCCUGCCGUUCCUGGUGUCGCCGCCCCCCACCUUCUCCUGGAGCCUCUUCACGUCGACCAGCGUCCAAAAGCUGCUGCAGGGCAAUGGCUUGGACAAGACGUUCAUCUUCUACGGCGGGUACGACUACAAGUACUGGACGGGCAGCGGGAGCCCGGGCGAUCAGAAGAGCUGGUACCAGACGGACUACAUGUACCCUCUGGCCAUUCUCACCAUGUUCCUCAUCGGCCUGCUCGCCAUCAUGCGCAAGAUCGCGCAGCGGCUGGCGGGCGAGGGCGACUCGUCGAUCGUGCAGGGCAACAAGUACUUUCCCUUUUCCACGCUCGUCUUCGGCUCCUGGGACUUCCACAUCACCAACGUCGAAACGGCGCUGAAACUGCGACGGGGCAUCCGCAUGCAGCUGCGCGAGAUGCUCAACGACGCGCGCGCCGCGCAGAACGAGGAGGUGAUCAGCACGGGGUCCACGCGGGUGCUGCUCGCGAUGCAGAGAGCGUUCGUGCUCAUGGUCCUCUGGCCGCUUCUGGUUGUGGGCACUGCUUUCGUUGUAGUCCUAGCCAUCACCAAGGGCGACUAUCUGAAUACGCACCUGGGAUCCGACUUCGGGCAGUCCAUCAUUUUGGCGCUCAUCAACACCUUCGGACCGGCCCUCGUGCGCUUCCUCGUCGCGCUCGAGUUCUGGCGGCCGGCCACUGCUGAACGGGUGGAAACCACAAAGAUCUACGUCAUCCGCAUGAUCAACGCGGGCACGCUCUUCUACCGCCUCUACUACAUUUUCCGCUCCGCGGCCAAGGUUUCCCAAGGCACCACCUACGGGUUCGUCAGCAGCACGCAGAACGGGGUCCAGGUGACGUCAAGCACGGUUCCCACGUGCAACGCGGCGAACCAGUUCAAGUGCGACGAGGGCUACGAGUGCUGCACCGCUGGCGCGGACUACUGCGAGAGCGACCCCAACACUGUCGGAAGCCAGGUUGGCCAGUGCGUGACGGCGUGCGUGGAGAACGUGAUCGGGCGGCUGCUGCUGCGGUUCCUGGUGGUCAACAGCCUGAUCAGCAACGCGAGCGAGCUGGGCUACAGCCUGGUCAUGCUGCUCUUCACGCAGAAGAAGCGCCAGAUCCUCGUGCCCGACAUGGCCAUCGAUAUUAUCUACAUCCAGGUCCUCGUGCCGGACAGGGAUAUCGACAUCCUUUACAUCCAGUCGCUGGUGUGGAUCAGCGCCAUCUACUGUCCGCUGGCGCCUUUCUUCGGGGCAUGCCUCAACGCCUUUACCUUCUUCUGGAUGAAGACCUCCCCCAAGACAGGAACAGAUGUGUUUGUUUUGUCCCUCCCUCCCUUCCCUCCAGUACGUGGCCCUGGCGAGAACCUGGUCCCCGAAAAGAGAAAUGCAGUCACUAAUCUCGUCCCCCCCUCCCCAUUUCAGAACGUGACCCUGAACGUGGCCCUGGCGACGUGCGCCCCCCCCGAGAAGACGUACAGCGCGAGCCGCACGAGCAACCUGACGUACGGCCUGCUGCUGGUGACGCUCCUUCUGUGCAGCGUCCCCGCCACCAUCUCCUUUUUGCAGACGCACGAGGCGUGCGGCCCGCACGCCUUCUCCAGCAUGCAGAAACGGAUCAACUACUACAUCGACCGCGCGCCGCCCGCCCUCCAUCUGGCUUUCCAGUACGUCGGCAACCCCGCCAUUCUCGGGGGUGUCAUCGCACUGCUCGUCUUCGCGCUCAUUCUAGUUCGCGCGAAAGAGACCAAGUACCAAAACUCCAUGGCCAUGACCCAAAAGGAACUGUCCAAUUACAGGAAAGAGACCCACCAGAAGAUCAGCGACAUCCGCCUCCAGUCCAUGGGCCUCAGCCCGAGCCCAUUGAGCGUCAGCGGACGCAGCACCCCGGCCCACGUGGCCCCCCAGAAGUCGAUGCUCCUGGCGAGGAGUCGAAACGGCAGCCCGUCGCGUCAAAGCCCCCGCAGCCCGCACACGCCCACCAGUCCACAGAGCCCACAGCCGGAAAGCGCGAGAUCCGUCAUGUCCACUAGCUCGUACACGUCGCAAUCGGCCCUUUUACAGACGACUAGGAUGAGGAGAUGA